AUGGAACGAGCUGAUGUAAUAAAUAAGGAUCCAGCAAUGAAACGUCAAGAAAAAAUUGCUAGAUACAAACGAGAAAAAGAAACCAAAGCAAAAUUAGAGAAAUUACAACAGUUAUUAUCUUCUAUCGAAAAUGAUAAUGAUAAAGAAGACAUUGAUCGAAAUUGUGUCUUAACUUGUAUUGAUCUCUUUAUUCAAAAAUCAAUUGAACAAUUAUCGUCAAUAAAUCAAGAGAUGGAUUUAUUAAAUAACAUGCGAAAGUCGGAGGAUCAUAUAAAACAAAGUGGGGUAAAUGAGAAGGAAAUUGUACCUUCGACCAAUACAUUAAAAGACGGCAAUGGACCGUUAUUAUCAUCAGAAGGACGUCCUCUUCGUCCAUUUAUAAUUACAAGUAAACGUGAAGAAAUACGACAACAAGUAUUCAGACCUGGUUGGCGUCUUCCAACGAUGACAAUCGAUGAAUAUCUUCAACAAGAAAAGGAGAGAGGAAAUAUUAUUUCUGGCGGAGGCCAAAUGCCAGAAAAGAAAGAAAUCAACGACAAUGACGAAGAGGCUAUCGAUGCAGAAACAUAUAGACUGCGAGAAUUGGAUGAGUUUAAAGAUGUUAAUCCACGCGGUUGGGAAAAUGAAGGAUAUCAACCCAUUUAUACAUCAAAUACUUCACCAAUUGAAAUUGAAGACGAUGAAGACAUUGAAAAUGAUAAUGUUUCAGUAGCUUUAUUGUCAAAACCAGAAAUUCCUAAAGACAAAUAUAAAUUUGUCUACUUAAUUUUUUUUGUACAAGGAUUAGCACAACUUUUAGGGUGGAAUGUAUUUAUUACUGCUUCCGUUUUUUUCAAAUCGAGAUUUCGUGGGUCUUCUUAUGAAGACAGUUUUGAGAAUUACUUUUCAUUUAUCUUUAUGAGUUCUAACCUUAUAUUUCUUAUCCACGCUUUAUAUACUCAAAAAUCGGCAAAUUUGUCUCAUCGAAUAACAUUCUCACUCCUCGUCUCAAUGAUUACUUUUUUAUUGGUCGCAAUAUCAACCAAAUAUGAAAAUUUCUUUACUCCUUCUGGAUAUUUUUAUUUCAUUACUUUAAUGGUAUUCGUUUCUGGUAUAGUAUCAGCAUAUAUGCAAAAUGGAACAUUUGGAAUAGUUUCUCGAUUUCCUCCAACUCACGUUCAGGCCGUAAUGAGUGGUCAAGGUGCCGCGACUUCAAUUUCACAAAUUUUCAUUUCACUGGCAUCAGCUGAUGAUUUGGCGCACGGUGCCUUUAUUUAUUUUAUUUCUGCUUUUAUUGUCAUUAUUUUGGCAUUUAUAUUACAUUUUGGUUUAAUUCGUUUGCCUCUUUAUCUGCAUUAUAUUCCAAUCGAAAAAACUAUUGUUGAGAAUCCACCUAAUCUUACCAACCUGAAUAAUAGAUUAAUUCUCGAUACGUUCGCUAAAAUUCGAAUUAUGGCUUUUGCGGUGGCAUUUGUUUUUGUUGUGACUUUGGGAAUUUUUCCUUCAAUUACUGCAUUAAUUAAAUCCGUGACUGAUGAUGAAAACAAAAACAAGUUUCAGAUGGAUUAUUUAUUUAUACCAUUACAUUUCUUAAUUUAUAAUUUGGGAGAUUGGUUUGGUCGAAGUUUACCAACAUUUGAAUCAUACGUGAUUACGGAUCCAAAAAAAUUGGCAUCUAUGUCAAUUAGUCGUAUUAUAUUUAUACCAUUAUUUCUUUUAUGUAAUGUGGAUGUCGGAGUAACUGGUAAAAGAAUCUUACCAUUGUUGAUAAACAAUGAUUUAUUAUAUUUAUUUAUUUUAAGUUUAUUCGCUACCUCCAAUGGGUAUUUGACUUCCCUGUUAAUGAUGGCUGCACCUCAAUUAGAAAAUGUGGAGAAAGAUUUGGCUGGAACUAUUAUGACAUUUUUCUUGGUUUUUGGAUUAUCUAUUGGUUCAAUUAUUUCAUUUCCUUUACGUUAUCUCAGUUGUGGUGGAGAAUGUGUAUAA